UAAGGGUGGUCCCUUCGUUACAAUUACAGACAAAGAGAGAGAAAGACGGAGAGGGGUACAUGCAGAGGGGUACUUCAGUCACUUUGAAAUCUCACAGCAGGAGCAAUGAUUUGCCAGGAAAACACAGUUCACUACUGCAGCUGGACUUUUGUGGUCGGGGGACUGCUUUACCUCUUGCGGCAAAUGACCACACACACACCAUAUGGGCGCUAUGUGGACACAAACACCCCGUGCGUGAUGGUGCCGGCCAAGCCAGGCUGGUUUAUCCAGGAGCUUCCAUCAUUCUUAGUUCCGGUGCUGCUUUUGUUGACAACGGAAUGUUUCCCGGGAAUGGGACAACAUUUACUGCUCUGGACUUUCUGCCUGCACUAUUUUCAAAGGACGUUUGUGUACUCCUUGCUGACUAAAGGCAGAUCCUCUCCUCUGCAUAUUGUGGUGUCUGCAGUUGUCUUCUGCUCUCUAAACGGCUUUCUGCAGGGACAUUAUAUGCUGCAUUGCACUCAGUACAACACAGAAUGGCACAGGGAUGCACGCUUUGUAAUAGGGUUGUUGAUGUUUUUCUCAGGAAUGGCCAUCAACAUCCACAGUGACUACAUUUUACGAAACCUGAGGAAACCAGGAGAGAUCAACUAUAAAAUCCCAAGAGGAGGAAUGUUUGAGUGGGUCUCUGGUGCUAACUUCUUUGGGGAGAUUGUUGAAUGGUGUGGAUACGCUGUGGCCACCUGGUCCUUUCCUGCGUUCUCCUUUGCUGUCUUUACCAUCUGCUCCAUUGGGCCACGAGCCUACCACCAUCACAGGUAUUACUUGGAGAAAUUUAAAGAUUACCCCAAAUCAAGAAAGGCUGUGAUCCCCUUCAUGCUAUAACAAAGUCAGAGAGCCGCUAACGCCUUUACAGGGUCAAAGGGAAAUCAACGACAAAGUUUCCAUUUCAACAAAAGUUUAACCACAAAGCUAAAUAGGAAUGGCAAGUGCUGAUGUUAUAUUGUUCAAGUUUUGUAUUUAUUUUUUAAGUACACCAUUAAAACCCUUUGUUUACAACUAUAAA